CUAGCCAUCAAUCCCUUCAUUACAGAUACAGUACACUGCAGCAAUUUUCUCUCUCUGCAGAAAGUGUUGGGUCACCUCCAAGGAUGACAAUGCCGUCAUUGGCCGGCGAGGGGUAAACACUUGCCAUAACAUGGUGUCGGCCUUCAGGCAGUGGAGAGAGGUCACUCCACUCCCUCGUGUCAGGAUCGAAGGCCCUGAUCUGAUCCAUGGCCCGGCCUUCACUUCCGAUGUAUCCUGACCGAUGAAAACCAAGAAAUAUAGUGUAGAAGGGCUCCUGAGUUCUCACCUCCGACAGCAUAUAUUUUUCCCUGGGCCGUCAAUACCGCAUGAUCCCAGUGGUACGGAUGCGCCAUUGAUGGCCCCCGUUGCCAUGACCCUCCGGUGAUGUUGCACGGGACGGAGGGGAGGGCCUUGAGGUGAACAGGCUCGGACAAGCCGCUUAUCUUGACAGCCCAGGACUCUGAAGCUCCAUUGGCCGAGCACAACUCAAGCCACCGAUCCAAGUCGGUUCCUUGAAGCACGCGAGGGGCGGCGCCAACAUACCAGGGAAUCACAAAUACCCUCACGACAUGAGCAAGGAACUUACCUAUCAGAACAGCGAGAAGGAGUGUGACCAUCAUUCCCGGAGAGGGCGGUUUCACAGACUACCCACUACCCACGUGCCCAUCC